GUUCCUCUUUCACCCGAAAUAGAUUGUGUACGGCGACAUGUCAGCUCAAGUUCAGCUGAUGCCACGGCUGCAGGAAGUAGGUACCGCCCUCCACCCUAGUAGUGCGGAUGAAACGCGAGCCCAGGUGCCGGAAAACGACGUAUUUGCAGCAGACGGCGGACAAAACGCGGAGGCAGCUGCAACGAACCACCUUGUCGUCCAAGGCGGUGGAUUUUGGAGCGGUAUAAACGGCCGGGAACAGAGCCCCUUCAGGUCUCCAUCGCCGGAGUACGUUGACGCUGUUGAGUACCUGCAGUACGAACUACAACAUAAGGCCAUGGGAGAAACUGUCACGCGGGGAGACACAAACGAGGUUGAAGAAGACUCGGUGGAGAAUGCUCAGAGGCUAACCCUCACCAGAGAUCCUGCCAAAUACAACUCAUCUUCAUCUGAUCUUGGUAUAGGUAUCAGAGUGGCUGGCGGAGUGGGGUGUGAGAAAUGUGGAGAGCUGCAUACUGUGAUCACCGAUGUUACUACCACUGAUAUCCCAAACCAGUACAAAGGACUGGCGGUGAUGGAGUGGUGUAGACACGGGGUGGACGGUGUCACCCACGAGGAGAUGAGGAGAAUCAUUGCCAGAACUGAGGAGGAGACUAGCAUUCAACUCAUUGUCAAGGAAUGCAGAGGUCCUUCACUGCCAAAAGCUGAGGAUAAUAGCUCCAGGGAACCGCUCAACGUUGACCAAGACGUUUCAUCACAGGUCCCCAACUUCACCACCGACUCUCCCCGACGCUCACCCUCCAGUUCCACCGACAGAGAAGCCUCCUACACUCCCAAAUCCCUCUCCCCCACCCCCUCCCCAAUCCACUCACGCACCUGCACACCCUCACACUCCCCAAGCACCACCCCUUCCCCCACACCCCCUCCCUCUCCGAACACCCCCCGCAGGGGACCCGUGAAAAAGCAAAAUCUCGACCCCCGACCGGUCUCAAUAAACCUCCCAGUGUCUCGAGAAGUGGUCGUUGCCCCAAAGUUCAUGAUAAACGGAAUUCCGACAGGUCCUCCUCAGGAGGCGGGGCAGAGCAAGAAGUUUUUUACUGUUGAGAGCUUCCUGGGCAGUGCCCCUGCUGCCUCCAUACAUAUGUCACUGAGGUAUCGGGAGGACGAGGACCACCUGAGGAUACUGCUGCACGAGGUGAAACAGUCUCUGAGGAAGAACGGGUCAAAGUCCUCGAGCACACCUCAGGGACACUACUUCAUCAACGCCUAUCUUUUCCCCGACACAGAGUGAGCUUUUCAGUUAUAUGUGUAUAUACAUGGGUGUUAGAGUGGAGUUGUGUGGACAUUACUGUAGCUAGAGUGGAGUAAGGAAAAAAUACUAGGGUGAACUAAACUUUCUACCUACAACCCUAUUGCACUGCACUCUCCAGUGCAGUGCGAUAGGGUGGGCUAAACUUUUCGUACUUUUAGCAAGCAAGUGGGGGGAAAGACAGGCCAACCAACCAUCCUGAAUACCUUGACUAUAGCUGGAGAGUGCAGUGAA